UGUGCUUAACGGGAUAUUAAAACUUUAUAAAGGCAUCAAACUCUUGUCUCGAUCAUCCUUGUCAAGUGGACGUAUUCCCACGGCUCUAGCGGAGAUACUUCACUUAAAUUUUAAUCCGUUUGAGAUUCUUUUCAAAUCGUUUGGCAGCAUUCAAAGUUUAAUUUAUUAAAUCGUAUUAUUUGUGAGGAGCUGUCGAGUGGUGGUAUAUGGUGAAUUUUAAUUGAACAGUUCCUGGAGUUGAGACCUGAGGAAGACAAAUCUUUUGAUGUAAUACGAAAAACCCUGAACAUCGACUGCCCUGGAAGUGCAAGUUUGGUGCAUUGGAAUUUCAACAGUGAAUAUUAAAUAGUGCAUGUUUGUGCGGAAGAUACCGAAACAAUAAUCAUAAAAGACUUCAGAGAUAAAUAAUAUUACAUUACUGUGAUUGUGCGCAAGGUUUAUAGGGAAUAUCGGUGUAGGCCCUACGGCGGCGUUGAAGUGGACCCCAACGGUGCAGGGACCGGGCAGACAUGAUGCCCUUGCACGUGGACCAGAUGGACACCAAGGAACGGACCUCAUGGGUUUUCUGGAUGUGUGUUUUGCUGGUCGUUGUUGGUGGAGUCAAGGCUGCGGGAACCUUGGAGAAGCUCCAUGAAGAACAUGUUCGGGAGUUCAGCUGCGGAAUGCUGUAUUACAGGACUCUGUACCUGGACAGCAAGAGAGACAGUCUAUAUGUUGGAGCCAUGGAUAAAGUCUUCAGGCUCAAUCUCAGCAACAUCAGCCACACCAGCUGCGAG